UCCCUCACAUCUCCUCUCUAUUGACUCCCUCUCCUCCUGCAUCAUACUGGAGACCCCGUUGAGAGCAGCUUUUCUCUCUAUAAAGACAAGAUGCAGCUCAGGCGCCUUUUGAGAUGAGCGCAAGGAUUUUACUGCAUGCGCAACUCUCUCUGUCUCUCCAACUUCAGACGCUUCAGCACCAAAUCACCUUUAUGGAUUAGCUAUAGUGCACUGAACAUAUUUACCUGAAGUGGACUGAAGGACGCUUGAAUGACGUUGGAUUUCACAGUCUGCUCCUCCAAAAAGUGUCUGAGUCAUCCGAGAACCUGAAUGUGCGUGGAGAAGGAGCGCGAGGACCGAUGGCUGCGCUCGCGAUACAAAGGACGGACAACUUUUUGCACACCUUUUUACAGGACCGGACGCCAAGCUCCUCUCCAGAGGGAGCACCCAACGCCCUCUCCUUCCUGGCCACCACCUGUAGCCAGGCCUGGCAGGUGGGAAGUACCAUGGGCUCAGAAGGCUCCCAGUUCCCCUACGAGAGCACCGUCAGCGCCACGUCAGGAAUGUUCCAGCUCUGGAGCAACGAAAUGGCGCCCAGCGCGGCCCUCAGCACACACCAGAUGACCUUCACGGUGCCUAAGGUGCAGUUCCCCGGACACAUGCAGCCUGGCCUGGGUCACCAUCAUCAUCACCCUCAUCAUCACCACCACCAUGAGCUGCCUCUGACCCCUCCGGCUGAGCCUCCCUCCUCCUACUCCUUCGAACUCUCCCCCGUCAAAGUGUUGUCCUCUCAGCCGCAGGCCGCCGGCCCGUAUUACCCUCAGCACAACAGUGUGGGACAAAACUUCCCCAGCUUCCUCCAGAACACUUCAGCCAGGCAUCACCUGCCUGGAGGUCACGUGGACGAAGGUCAGCAGUGGUGGAGCCUACCCCAAACCAACGCCGCCCCCGCCAACCACCCCUUCUCUCUAGGCAGACAGCUGGUGUUGGGCCACCAGCCCCAGAUAGCCGCUCUCCUCCAAGGCACCUCCAAGGGCCUGCUGAGCUCCACACGCCGUUGCCGCCGCUGCAAAUGCCCCAACUGCCAGGCGAACGGCGGGGGGUUGGAGUUCGGAAAGAAGAGACUGCACAUCUGCCACAUCCCAGAGUGUGGCAAAGUGUACAAGAAGACCUCUCACCUCAAGGCACACCUGCGUUGGCACGCCGGGGAGAGGCCCUUCAUCUGUAACUGGCUCUUCUGCGGUAAAAGCUUCACCCGUUCAGACGAGCUGCAGCGGCACCUCCGCACACACACCGGAGAGAAGCGCUUUGGGUGCCAACAGUGCGGCAAGAGGUUCAUGAGGAGCGACCACCUCUCCAAACACGUCAAGACCCACCAGACCAGGAAGAGCCGGUCGGGGCCGCCUUCGCAGAGCACAGACCCUCUGCUCACCAACAUCAAGAGAGAGUAAUCUCUGCGAUCCAUCAUUCAAAAAUAAUAAUCAACACUGAACAGACUGUGUGACUUACACUUCCUGCCAUAGGUUUGCACUAUAGAGGGUGAGCGUCAAGCUCCAUGAACAUCUUCUCUCGUCAAAGCCCUACUUUUGACUUCAAGUAGUACCAUAAAAAUAUAUUUAGAGACCAUUUUUAAUAAAAAAAAAAAUUGUGUGCUAUUUGAGGCAAGGCACCUUUAAAGAAUACUUGAAGCCUUUUUCAGUGAUAAUUGUGAGAGUUUUGCUAAAUUCAGUGUACUUUCCUGACAGAUUUCCCCUGAAACAAAACUGAUUUUAUGCCUUUGACAAUUUAAGAUUUGUUAAAAUUUCAACUGAUGUGAAAAUCUAAAUUUUUUUCAGCAUUCAUUUUGUAAAUAUGUUGUGAAUUAUGUGGCAGACAUGAGCAAAAUUACGCACAGUUUUCCUUAAUGUUGUCCAUAUUAUCAAAAUAAAUGUAUGCCUUAGUACAGCUAAAGGUUGCUGUAUAAAAAUUAUAAUUUCUGCUCUCAAACAGAAUGAAAAGAUGCUUCAGUUGCUGUUGAUAAUUUGAUUUUUAUUCCAAAAAACAUUCUUUAAUUCGUCAGCUUCAAGGUAGGGAUCUUUUUUGAAAUGUAAGUCUUUGAUCUACAGAUUUAUCUCGUCUGCUCUUAAGCAGACUCCAGAUUAGCAAACAUUUUAAAUGUUUAAAUUCUUUGUAAAUUAUGUAUAAAUAUCAUGAACAAUUUUAUUGGGGUUAUGGCCGCAUGUAAAUUUUAAUAAACAUUGUCCUUGCUGAAACAA